GGGUGGGGGGGAUAAAUCCAAACUUUUAAACUCUCCCUCUGUCUUACCUUGCACCGUGGUCUUUCUGAGCCCUGUUAUUUGAGACCUCUUUUGCUUUAUCACUUCUCUACGACCCCCCAGUUUUGGAUGCCAGAGAUGGACGGGUGGCAAUCUGCCUUCUUUUCUUGCUUUCCCUUGGGCCUAGACACCAGCCCAAGGAGCCCCCUGCCUCCCCCCCACCCCCUCAGUCACCUCUUUCCCCAUCAUGCCCCUCAUUUCUGCCUCUGGAAGGGCCUUUCCUAAUGGAGGGCUGCUCCGGUUAUGUACAGCAUUUGUUUCAGAGCGACGAGUUGGGAGAGCCGGAGGAGGAAUCCGACGUGGACAACUCCAGCGUUCACAGCUCCUCGGUGCGUUCAGACAGUUCAGGGAGGGUCAAGAAACUGAAGCGGGGCAGACCUGGACGGAAGAAGAAAAAAGUUGCUGGCAAAGAAGAGGCAGACGGCUACGAGACAGACCACCAAGACUACUGUGAGGUGUGUCAGCAGGGCGGGGAGAUCAUCCUGUGCGACUCAUGCCCCAGAGCUUACCACCUGGUGUGCCUGGAUCCGGAGCUAGACAAGGCCCCCGAGGGCAAGUGGAGCUGCCCCCACUGCGAGAAGGAAGGGGUGCAGUGGGAGCCGAAGGAGGAGGAAGAUGAGUACGAAGGGGAAAUGGAUGACGGGGAGAAGGAGGAAGAGGACGACCACAUGGAGUACUGCCGGGUCUGCAAGGAUGGCGGCGAGCUCUUGUGUUGCGACGCUUGCAUCUCCUCUUACCAUAUUCACUGCCUCAACCCACCCCUCCCGGAGAUCCCCAACGGGGAAUGGCUAUGUCCCCGCUGCACGUGUCCCAUGCUGAAAGGCCGUGUACAGAAAAUCCUCCACUGGCGAUGGGGGGAGCCCCCGACCCCAGUAGCUGCUCCCCCGCCAUCUGACACCAACCCAGAGGCCCCGCCCCCGAAGAUGCUGCAGGGUCGUUCGGAACGCGAGUUCUUUGUCAAAUGGGGCGGCCUCUCCUAUUGGCACUGCUGCUGGAUCAAGGAAUUGCAGCUCGAGAUCUUCCACCUGGUGAUGUACAGAAAUUACCAGCGGAAGAACGACAUGGACGAGCCCCCGCCGCUUGACUACGGCUCCGGCGACGACGAUGGCAAGAGCGAGAAGAGGAAAAGCAAAGACCCCUUCUAUGCCGAGAUGGAGGAGAAGUUCUACCGCUACGGCAUCAAGCCUGACUGGAUGACCAUCCAUCGCGUCCUGAACCACAGUAUUGACAAAAAGGGCAACUACCACUACCUGGUGAAAUGGCGCGACCUGUCCUAUGAUCAGUCCACGUGGGAGGAGGAUGAAAUGGACAUUCCUGAGUAUGAGUACCACAAGCAGGCCUAUUGGCAGCACAGGGAGCUAAUUAUGGGCGAAGAUCCCACUCAUCCCAAGAAGUACAAGAAAAAGAGGAAGGAACUGACAUUGGAGGACCCACCAAACUCUCCCACCAAUGAUCCCACGGUGAAGUACGACAGCCAGCCAAACUUCAUCACCGCCACGGGAGGGACGCUGCACAUGUACCAGCUGGAAGGCCUGAACUGGUUGCGGUUCUCCUGGGCCCAGGGCACGGACACGAUCCUGGCGGAUGAGAUGGGUCUCGGCAAGACCAUCCAGACGAUCGUCUUCUUGUACUCGCUGUACAGGGAGGUAAGGGCAGACCCGUGCUGUCCUGCGCGAGUUAUGCAUCUCGCUCGCUUGCAAGGGCAGGAGCGGAAAACGCUGAGGAACCGGAAGAAGGCUCUCCCG